UAGGCGCUGGAACUGGUUGAUAAUGUUGUGGUUGUCCAUGCCGCCGAUUCAGUGCUUGUUUGUAAAGAUCUCCUUUUGAUCAGUCUCCCCCGCAUGGAGUUGCGUGCUGACCCGGUGGUGGCAACCUUGGACAUGUCGGAGAUUAAGGGUAAAGAUGGGGAGCCUUCGGAAGGCGACGGUGACUACGAGAGUUUGCCAGCGCAUGCCUCAUUGACAAUCCACAUGACAGCAGGAGCCGUGGCUGGAAUACUGGAGCACACGGUGAUGUACCCCGUGGACUCUGUCAAGACCAGGAUGCAAAGUUUGCAGCCAGAUCCUAAGGCUCAGUACAGCAGCGUGUAUGAGGCCCUAAGAAGGAUCGUCCGGACAGAGGGUCUCCUCAGACCCCUGAGGGGCCUGAACAUCACAAUGCUGGGGGCCGGCCCUGCUCACGCCCUCUACUUUGCCUGCUACGAACAUGUCAAGCGCACACUCAGCGAGGUCAUUCAGAAUGGAGGAAACAGCCACAUAGCCAAUGGACUGGCAGGCUGUGUGGCCACUGUGCUGCAUGACGCAGUCAUGAACCCAGCUGAAGUGGUGAAACAGCGGAUGCAGAUGUACAACUCUCCCUACCGGAACCUGUUGGACUGCGUUGGGACUAUACAGCGCACUGAGGGGCUCGCAGCCUUCUACCGCAGCUACAGCACACAGCUGGCCAUGAACAUUCCCUUCCAGGCUGUCCACUUCAUGACAUAUGAGCUGAUGCAGGAGCGGCUAAACCCCCACAGACAGUACCACCCCGGCAGCCACGUGUUGUCUGGGGCUGCGGCAGGGGCCGUAUCUGCAGCCAUAACCACCCCGCUGGACGUGUGUAAGACCCUGCUCAACACACAGGAGAACGUAGCGCUCAGCUCCAUACACAUCAGUGGUCACCUCACAGGCAUGGCCAACGCCUUCAGGACAGUGUAUCGCCUCGGUGGCACGGCUGCCUUUUUCAAAGGGAUCCAGGCCCGGGUCAUAUACCAGAUGCCCUCCACUGCCAUCGCCUGGUCAGUCUAUGAGUUCUUUAAGUAUGUCCUGACCAAGCAGCAGAUGGAGCGAGAGGCUGGGCCAGCUGGCCCAGUCUGAGGAAGGGCUGUGGACACCGCAAUGUGACCACACCUGUACAAGAGGCUCCUGGUUCUCCUGUGGGAUCAAUGCAAAAAGCCUCAUGGUGACAUCGUGUUCAUAAUUUAUAUCUGUGUGUGCUUUUGUAUAAUAACUCAAAGGGAAGUCACUGCAGUGGAGGAAGUUUGAAAGACUUGCUGUGGUAGACCGUGGCACUCCUUACCCUUCACUUUCCUACCCAGCAAGCCCUUCCAUUGUGCACUGUCAUUCAUUAGAGGAGUGGAGGCUGUUACAGGAACUGCACAGAGAUGUAUACAGAGAAAAGGUCAUCUUCAUAUGGCAACAGGCCCUUUUCCCAAAUCACCCGUUCACUAAGCACACAACACUACCAACUUCAUCUAUCACUAUCUGGUGACAGUAUUUUCAUGAUUAUGUUGGGUUACAUUCAUACAGUAUGUUUGUAGAUCUGAUAUGGGAACUUUUUAUUUAUUUGAUUUGCUUACCAUGGCUUGCAUUUUAUGGAUUUGGAAGAUACACAUAGUUGUUUGCUUGUUUUAUUUCCUUGUGUAUUUAUAAAGGACUGUUUUAUUGAACACAUUCCUGAGUUUCGCUGCACAGUAGACACAAUUGCGCUUUCAAAGUGCCUCUUUAGCAUUGAAGGCAGCCACGACUUUAAAGUGUUUUGUGUUGUCCAUGUCCUUAAUAGAAAUGGAUUGGUUCAGUCACCAUUAACAUAAUCGUUGUUUGCCAUUGAAAUGUAGAUUAAAUCGUAUGAUCUUUAUAUGUUACCUUUUCAUCAAUCAUAGCAAGAAAUCACUCGUUAAAACCAAAUGUACUGAAAUAGGACCAUGUUAUUUUUCCUUGGCCAGAAGGUUGGCAUCAUACAAUGUGCCUAUAAUCUGAGCUAGCCUAAACCUUUCAAGAUGAGGGCCUGUUUUCUAUUCUGUGUUGGAAAUGCAGUUCUAAGGGUUAAAUUUCCUUUUGGCUGAACCACUAAAUGUUGUGCUGGGUUUUUUAACUUUAGAUAGGUCUUCAUUCUAACCUCUGCGCCAGUCAAAGUCUGCAGUAGUUUAGUAGUUCAGUUUCAGUAGUUUAUUUUGACCACCCAGUGACGUGAGUAUUGCCUCCCUUUCCUGAGAGGUUACUGGAAUCCCUCUCAAUAAUAAAGGUGUAUUAGGCCAUAACGGCCCAAAUAUUAGCCUUGUUUGAGCACAGUAGUAUGCUCUGGACUCUCACCAAUGUGAGUGUUCGAGUGUAUUAUAUAACAAUCUAUGUUGCAGAGAAGAGGCAGUGUUUUAUAUAUUUUAGUGAGUGAUUGUUUCCCAGGAGGCAUUUCAUGAUGCUGGUCCUCAGGUGAACCAAACCUCAGCAUCAAACCUGUAAGAGGCUGGUGGCAUGGACCGCCUCAUCUCUGCAUUCAGACACAUCUGUGAUGUUCAUAUUUAGCUUUGGAGUAAAAUAUCAUGCUUGUAAUAAUGUACUUAGUUUAUAUCUCUAAAAUUAUUUUAUGUGUGAUGAGCAGAUUUGACAGAUUCUCAAACUACUACAAAACAAAUAAAACAUUCAAUGUUAGACAGCAGAAUUUGGAAUGAGUACCACUGCAGCCCAUGGCAGUUAAUCGGGCGAAUCCUUUAAGCAUUGGGUACAGUCUGUGACAAUGGGCCCAUUACUAAUGGGUUACCAGAUCAGCUGGUUGGCACGCUCUAUUUAUUAGACUCUUUUUUUUUUUUUUUUUUGGCCCAUUUUAGUCACUUCCUGUGCUCUCCCUGCUCUCUUCCCAGCCUCUUGGCUCUGAGUUUUCCGCUCAGAAGGCAGACAUUCCUCCACAUAUUGCUGUAAUCCACAGAGCUGCAAGAUUUGUUUGUUUGCUUUUAAUUAAAUGUUGUUGGGUUUGUUCACCAGUGAAGUACAGCUGGUUCUAUGAGAUCUCCAAAGGUCCCAGUCCCUCAAAUAUAGGUUUAUUCCUUGUUAAAGUUCCCAAAGAUAUGUAUUGUAUGAUUUCCUAUUUGCAAACCUGUAGUGGUGAACAUACCUGUAAAAUACAAGCAUCAUCUGCAAACAAAAAAAGCUUUAGCUUCUUAUUCUUUGGACCUCUUUAGUUGAGCUAGUCAUAUAGCUGUCCUUAUGAUGUUUCAAAAGUCACUUUGUGCCUCAACAUUUUCACAAGAGGUAGAGAUGAGGUUAAUUCAUUUGAUGUUUCUGGCAUAUUGUUCAUUACUAUUUCUGAAAAAGGGGAACUCCAGACAACUGUAAUGUAUGUUACUUACUAUACAAAUGCCAACAUGCCAUUUUUGUUCUAUGCAUUUCAUUCAAUUUUAAUGAAUCUUAUGUUUUAAGAAAUGCUGGUCAUACAGUUGAUGGAAUUAAUUCCAUUAAGAAUCACUCGCCAGAUAUUACAAACAAUACUGCUCCUAUGCAUUAAUGUUGAGUAGAACUGACCUUUUUAAGAAACUUGGAGAUCGAAAUGGAUAGUUACAUGGACUGGAUGAUAAUCAAAUGUUUAAAAUGGUCAUUAGACUAAUCUGGUUCAGGUAUUUAGUCUUGCUUUAGCUUCUGAAUCAUUUUUGAUAAAGUAUCCACAGAACACAGGUCUUGUUUUGCUCAGACACAUUACAUUAGCCCAAGAGAUCUAAGGAAAAAUAAGUCUUAAACCCAUGCUUAUUGUCUAGCUUGUGUAACUUAACUGUGAGAUCAUUUCAAUAUAAUGUACUUUUAAUUAUUAUGUAUGCCCCAUGAAUAAGAGUGAUUGUGUUAAUGGAGAUUUGGUGAAUUUAUAUCUUAUCUAGGGAUGUUCAUCAUGUUACAUCUUUGCUGCUUUUUUGCGCACAAAACACCGGGGGAAACUGGGAAGAUUUAUGACAAGAGUGCCAUCUACAGCACAAGAAUGUUAAAUGACUGUGGUAAUGCUGCUACAGUGUAUAUAACACUGGAGCUGAAAUAAAAAUGCAGGUGAUAAAUGA